AUCGUUGCGCACUUACAGUGUCUGUAUUUGGUCCAGGGCUUCUUCGAACUGGUUCAUCUAUUCGUGCGUAUGGAGAAUGCUGUAUCUUGAAUGGGAGAUGAUGCCAGGCCACUCAAACCUGUAAAACAAUAACUUCAAAAGCGAUUUUCCGACUCAAAAGUCCAGUCUUCACUCGCAGGCUCAAUGGAAAAGGUCGUCACUGCUGUACUCGGUCUUGCGUUCACAGCCAUCUUGUGCAACUUUUACAAGGGUAAACGGCAAUUAGGAUGGGCUCCUGGAAUGACAGUUCUUUUCGCCCCAAUUUCAAUGAUUGGGCCCCUUCUACCCGAAUCACGCCUCAACCCCGGUCUUGGUUGGCAUUGGAAACGACGAAAUCGUGUAUAUCAGGAAUAUGGGUCGGAAACAAUUUCUGUUGUCCCCCUUUUACAUGGUCGACCGUUCCUGUAUACAUCGUCAUUAGAGGUCGCAGCUCAAAUUUUAUCAGCGAAGGCACCUUUCUGGAAAUCGAAGGACUUUGUCGCCGGCGUUGUACAAUAUGGUGCCAAUCUGUUCACGACUAACGGGAUGGAGUGGAGAAGGCACCGAAGAGUAAUGGGCCCCGCUUUCAGCAAUGAAACUUAUGCACUCGUUUGGAGCGAGACCAGUUCGAUUUACCAUGAAAUGGCUACUGCAGAAGGAUGGGAUGAUAAAUCUAUCGUCAAGAUCCCCGUCGUCAAUGAGCUGACGAAUAAAGCGGCACUCAUGGUUCUGUCAAGAUGCGCGUUUGGCAAACCGAUGCCGUGGAAUCCCACAAGUGAUUCCUUCGACGUCGUCGAGUUCGGGGAAGCACUGGUCACAGUCUCUGAGACUUUCAUUGAAAGACUGGCAAUUCCGAGAUGGGCGUAUAAGCUCCCAAUAGCUCACAUUCGCAAGAUUGAAUGGGCAUAUACUACUCUGACGAGGCAAAUCCAUGAGUUAAUUGACGCACGUCGAACGGAUAGCGACGACGGAAAUCCAAAGUAUGAUGUGUUCAGCCUGUUGGUUCAGGCUAGCGAAGCUGAAGGGAAGCUCGCCUUGUCUGCCGAGGAGCUUGUCGGAAACACGUUUUUCUUGUUAUUCGCCGGACACGAGACUAUGUCGCACAUAUGGAACGCUACCCUGGGCUUCUUGGCACUUAAUCCCGGUGUUCAAGACGAGAUGUAUGAGGUAAUAGUGGGCGUCGCUCCUGGAAACGCACCUUUGGUUUGUUAUGAGACGCUCUUUCAUCGCACCGCUCACUCUGAACCCCUGUUCCACAAGUCUUAUUCAGAUAGCGGAAAGCUCCAUAAAGUUCUGUCUUGUUUCCUUGAAGCGGGGCGCCUCUUUCCUGCUGGAUAUUUACUGAUGCGAGAGGCUACCGAGGAUGUCGUACUUGACAUAUACGAUACGGAUGGUCAGAAAAGUCACCUUCCUCUCGAACAGGGCGCAAACGUUGCUAUUGAUCUCAUUGGUUUACAUUACAACGCAAGACAUUUUCCUGAUCCCGAAGAAUAUCGACCUUCUCGUUGGAACGACAUACCGGAGAGCGAGUUGAGCAUCUUCUCAGUCGGCCCACGAGCCUGUCAGUACAGACAAUUCUUCGUCGAUUAUCCUUUACUUUUUCUGACGCCAGCACAGGUAUCGGCCGUAAGUUUGCUCUCACAGAGGCUUGUUGCUUUUUGUCACACCUCAUACGGGACUGGAAAAUUGAACCAAUACUGAAAGAUGGGGAAUCUUUCGAGAAAUGGCGCGCCCGUGUUCUAGAUGCCAAAAUCAGUAUGACUCUUGGUGUAGGGGAUGUGCCGAUAAGCCUGAGGCGUCGUAUGUCGAUGUAGAUGUAGUCCUUUUUUCCUUUUUUCCUACUCCUGAUACUCAGCUUCGUUCUAUCAAACCUAAAGUCGACAAGUGCGUAUGUGCGUUGUAUUUGCGCCUCGUUGGACGGCCACUCGAAUCUCAUCGGGUGCGUUGUAUGUAAAUAAAAUCAAAACCUAUCACAUGCGGCAAUUUAAGCGCCC